AUGCGCCCAACUUUCGGAGGGCCCAAACUGCCCGUUGAGCUGCGAAACCAGCUUGGAGAUCCAGCCAACAACAAGCGACGAAACGGUCCGCGCAAUGGGCCACCGAAUCGCAAAGACAGGCGGAAGGCUGAUCGUGUAGAGAAGAAACGCCAGAACAAGCAGGUCAGACGGCCAGCGCCAUCGCAUCCACACAAUGGCCGGGGACCACGCCGUGAAGCCGACGACGACGACGACGAUGAGGAGGAAGAGGAAAUAGAUUGGGACAACAUCGAAUCCGACGCUACACCACCUCCGAUAGCUGCGAAAGAAUCGCCCAAGCCGCUGAAAAGCAUUCUCAAAGCGAAACCACCACAGCCUGAAGAUGCCUCACCGCCACCUGCCAAAUUAUCACGCGCCGCUCGGGAGAAGCUUGCGCAAGAUGAUGCCGACAUUGCCAAGUUAGAGAAGAAGCUAGGUGUAAAGAGUAAAAAGAGAUCCAAGGGAGCGGAUGAUGGCCUGGACGACAUAUUUGGCGACCUUGGGGAUUUUAGCGACGAAGAAGAGGUACAACCUACAAAGAGGAAGAGGGAUGAGGACAAUGAUUGGCUCGCAAGCAAGAGGCGGAAAGCUCUGGGUCAGGAGUCGAGUGAGGAAGAGGACAGCGGGUCGGAAGGUUCUGAAUCAGAUGAUGAGGACUUGGACCUUGAAGAGGCGGGCUUCGAUGAGGAUGAUGAGACGGAGGAUGGCUCUGAUGACGGCUUUGGCUCUGAAGAGGACGACGACAUGGAGGACGCGGAACCAGAACAACCGCGCAUACGAGAGAAUCCAUACGUCGCCCCUGCAGCGCCAAAUGCUCAACCAACCAAGUACAUACCGCCUGCGCUGAGGGCACCCCCCUCGUCAGACACGGAGGCUUUGCUACGUCUCAAAAGACAAAUUCAAGGUCUCUUCAACAGACUCUCAGAAGCCAACAUAUUGUCAAUUCUACGCGACAUCGAGAAUAUAUACCAAAACAACCCUCGAGGCUACGUCAACAAUACACUGGUCGACCUACUUGCUAGCAUGUUGUCGGAUCCCACAGCUCUUCUGGAUACCUUUGUAAACUUGCACGCUGGUUUCAUCGCUGCGGUGUACAAGGUCAUAGGGCCCGACUUUGGUGCACAAAUAGUGGAGCGCAUCGUCACAGAAUUCGACCAACACUACCAGGCGAACAAAGAUGGCAAUGGAAAACAGACUUCGAAUUUGAUAUCCCUGGUGGCGGAGUUGUACACUUUUCAAGUUAUCGGCAGUAACAUCGUUUUCGACUACAUCCGAUUUUUCCUUGAUGAGCUCACGGAAAUCAACACUGAACUCUUGUUGAGGAUAGUCAGAGCAGCCGGCCCACAACUACGACAGGAUGAUCCAAGUUCACUCAAAGACAUUGUUGUUUUGCUGCAAAAGUCUGUGGCAAAAGUUGGACAGAGUAACCUGCCCGUUCGAACAAAGUUCAUGAUCGAGACGAUUAAUGAUCUCAAAAACAACAAGAUGAAGACGGGUAUAGCUUCGUCUGCGAUUUCUCGAGAGCAUACGAUCCGCAUGAAGAAGCAGUUAGGUACUCUGAACUCAAGGAACCUAAAGGCAACCGAGCCGUUACGCGUUGGGCUGAAGGAUAUCAAAGACACGGAGAAGAGAGGGAAAUGGUGGCUGGUAGGAGCGAGUUGGCGAAAUGAGCCAGGCAACGAGGAAAAGCCCGAGGAGCCAAAAGAAGCCGGCAAGACUACAGCCAAGAUCGACAUUGAGGACGAAGACAGCGAAGUCGACCUCGUGCAGCUUGCUCGUGAACAUCGCAUGAACACAGACAUCCGGCGCGCCAUUUUCAUCUCCAUCAUGUCUGCCAGCGACUUCAAAGAUGCCCAGAUACGAUUGAACAAGCUCAACCUCAAAAGAUCCCAAGAGGCAGAGAUUCCACGAGUCAUCGUUCACUGCGCAGGCGCUGAAAAGACCUAUAAUCCAUACUACACUGUUCUUGCCCGCAAGGUCUGUUCAGACCACAAGACACGGAAGAGUUUCCAAUUUGCGCUCUGGGACAUAUUCAAGAGCCUAGGAGAGAAGCAAGACGGUGCAGAUGACGAUGACUCUGACGACGACGAUGCGGGUGGCGACACAUCUCUUCGAAAAUUGGUCAAUCAAGGCAAACUGUACGGCACACUAAUUGGACGAAAAGCUCUGCCUAUCACUACUCUCAAGAACCUCAACUUCCCGUAUUUGCAGCCCAAAACCAGGACUUUUGUCGAGGUUUUGUUAGUCACUACAAUCCUAGAGUCGCUAAAGUCAUCAAAAUCGAAGGACAAGCGAGAUGAGCGGGCAGUGCGCGAAGUGUUUGUGGAGGUAGACCAGGCUCCCGAGAUGAUUGCUGGGCUGCAGUUCUUCCUGAAAAAGGCUGUUAGCAAGACGGAAAUUGUCGAGCAGACGGAAAAAGAGACCGUGCGGUGGGCUUGCAAGUCGAUAAUGGACAUGUUGACGAAAGUACUGGCCACGACCACUCUGCAGGAAGAUUGA